GCGUCUGAGAAGUGCAAUUCUGUUUCAAUGGCAACCAUCACAGAGUUGAAAAGCGCUUUGCGAGAGACGCUGGAGGCCCGUGGGGUCCUGGGGCAGCUGAAGGCGAGGAUCCGGGCGGAGGUGUUCAGCGCGCUGGACGAUCAGAGCACGCCGCGCCCGCCGCUGUCCCACGAGAACCUGCUGAUCAAUGAGCUGAUCCGAGAAUACCUGCAGUUCAACAAAUAUCAAUACACAGCCUCGGUGCUGACCGCAGAAUCAGGUCAGCCUGAAGUUCCCCUAGAUCGGGAGUUUAUGGCCAAUGAGCUCAAUGUUGCAGAUGAUUCAAGUGCCAAAGCAGUGCCAUUGCUGUAUGGAUUGCUCCAUCAUUUCCUUAGCAGUAAGGAAGAGCACAAAGGAAAACUCUUCCUAAGGGGCUCAGCAACAGUGCCUUCACAAGAACCUCAUGGCCAUCGUACUGUAGAGUCAUAAAACUGAGCACUACAGUCAUCAGGAACCAACGCACAAGAGGAAGUCAUAUGAUCACAAUUAAAACAAAUUCCACUAAAGAGGACAAAAUAUUCUGUCCAGCUUACUCUGGUUGUAGAUGUUGAAUGUAUUUGUGUUUUUAAUUUUUUAAUGUUGUCUUUUGUACUUAAAGUAAUAGGUUUAUGAAUAAAAACAUUGCGAUUGUUCAGUUUAGAUUCUCAGCUGUGCAAACAAUACAGCAUUUUACAAUAUAUUCGUAUUCCUCAUAUAUUAAAUUUCACAAAUCUGAUGUUUGUAUCAUCUUCUUUUAAAAGCUGUUAUACGCAAUAUUAAAUUUACAUUUGCUGUAAAAUAACAGCAGCCUUAUUUUUUUGUACACCUAUUUGUUCUAUUUUGAACUAAUGUCAACAGUGAUGAAGCAUGUAAAUUGUGGUAAUUUCUGUAGUCUGAAUUGAAAAUGUUGAGCUAAUCUUAAAAUAAGUCCUUUGAUUGUUCAUCUUAACUGGCAAAACUUCCAAAACAAGCCUGGAUUGCUGGCUAGCUUCUAAAAUGGGUCUUUCUGGUCCUUGAACUUUGAAUUUUGAACAUUCUUUCUUUUGAUUGGUUUUCAUCCUUCACUUUCUUAUCAUCUUGCCAAAGCCAGGCUGUCUAGAAAUGACAUUUGAACUACUGUUUCUUACUUACCACUUGUUUCUCACUUCAAACCUUGAACUGUGUAAUGAAUUGUCUGUUUCGUAAGAAAGCACUUUAUGCAGAAGAAUAAGACAUGCUAUAAUCAUUCUUUCUUUCAUUUCUUAAGUGCUUCUCAUUAAGAAUCUCAAUUUGGUUUUCUUUCACCUUAAAGCAGCAAAGCUCACAAACACUGUAAACAUCAUCCAUUGCCAAGUUCUUCAAAUUGUCUAAUUUUCCUUAAAAGGAAAGUCACUUCAUACUCACUCAAUACUGCAUUUGAUUUGUUUAGCUUUUCGCACUGAAUAUUAUCACAGAUCAAGAGUAAUAAAGCAGUUUGUUGAAAGGUUGAUGCUGAAGUUUUCACAGAGCAUUGUCAGGGUACAUUUUCUUUCAGUAAAAGGUUAUCAUCAACAGAUAGAUCAUGUGAAAUAUUUUGAAUAAAUAUGAGCAGACAAAUAUUUGCUUGCUCUCCUGCUGCUAAGUUGGAAUCACGUUCCACCGAGGACAAAUAUAUCCAAACACAUAUGACCCUCUAAAAUAGUGUGUGCUGAUGCAUGUACUCAGGAUUUUUAUGAGAACCGAAUGUGCACAUAGAUAAAUUACAGAUAACAAACAUUUUGUUGUUCUUAAAUAAUGUUUCAACUAUACAUGUAAUUUCCUGUUUUUGUAUGCCCAUGGCUAUGUAAAGCCACAUCAAAAUUGCUGUGCUUGUGACACUGUAAGUGGAUUCAUAUGCACCUUGUAGUGAGAUUUUGUCUAGUAAGGUGAUGACGUUCUCUUACUAAUGUAGGCAAAUCUUAAUGCUCCAGUUACUCUGAACGGCUUCAGUCCAAAUGAGUUUUUGGAUGAGUCUCAGGAGACUAUGCGAACAGCCUGUGCUUCACCCAGCUUUAAUCUAGCACAUAUUUCCCGUUCCCUCCUUCCGUUCUCCUUCAGACACACUGUCAGGACUAAUUCCUGAGAUACUGCUCUUCCACUAAGAGUACAACUAAGUAUUUAGACAUAGGACUUCAGUAUGUUUUGAAGCCAAACUCGGAUCCAGAUACAUUUUAUUGUUUUUCACUAACUGAAAAUAAAGAACUGU